UAUGACGUGUAUCGUUUUUCCAGCGCAGAAGUGUCUGUCGGAUGAAACCAAAACAAGAUGCGGUGAAGACGCUGCGGUGAUUGACAGCCCUCCGUUGACGCGUCUCGGCCUGUCUUGCAUUUAAAUGUCGUUCUUUAAAGGCCAGUGACCGUGACAAAAAUGACAAUGCAGUUUUCUCCAAACAACGGAGACUUUACGUUCGUGUCCUCCUCGGAGGCUCAAGCCUUAAAUUCUACAGAACUGAGCGGGACCAUCAGUACUCCAGAUGUCAAACUGAACAUGGGGGCUGACGGCGGGAGGGACCCGUACGCCACCACCUUCCUGAGGCAGCGGGGCUACGGUUGGCUGCUGGAGGUGGAUGACGAUGACAAUGAAGAGUCCAAGCCUCUUCUGGAAGAACUGGACAUCGACGUCAAGGACAUUUACUACAAAAUUCGCUGUGUGCUGAUGCCAAUGCCAUCGCUGGGCUUCAACCGGCAGGUGGUGCGAGACAACCCGGACUUCUGGGGCCCCCUAGCUGUGGUGCUGUUCUUUUCCAUGAUCUCUAUCUACGGACAGUUUAGGGUUGUGUCUUGGAUUCUCACUAUCUGGAUUUUUGGGUCUCUGACGAUCUUCCUGCUGGCUCGUGUUCUUGGUGGUGAGGUCUCAUACGGGCAGGUUCUGGGAGUGAUUGGGUACUCCCUUCUUCCACUCAUCGUCAUCGCGCCGCUGCUCUUAGUGAUCGGAAGGUUCGAUGUGGUUUCUACUUUAGUCAAGCUGUUCGGCGUUUUCUGGGCCGCGUACAGCGCCGCCUCGCUGCUAGUUGGAGAUGAAUUCAAAACGAAGAAGCCCCUCCUCAUUUACCCCAUUUUCCUUUUGUAUAUCUACUUCCUGUCCUUGUACACUGGCGUCUAAGGGGACAAACUCAUUCAUGGACUGUAAGCCCGGUGCAGGGAGCAGAAAGUUGGGCAGCGUCGACGGAAAGUUUUUAAAAAGAUGUUUAUUUCUUUUUCUUUUUAACUCUCUUCAGCCGUAGGGAUUUGGGAUAUAUAUACAUAAACAUAUAUAUAUAUAAAUAUCAUUGUAAAUAGUUUUUUCCCUCUUGUCUCUGGUCAAUAAAACACAUCAUCUUCUGCAGCUAAAAGCUUGUGAUGCAGAUGUCUCAGCAGUGGGACCCUCUCCUCUCGACUGUCUGCUGCCUCUGAAGCUGGACUUGAUGUAGAGCUGCACACUCAAACCGCACACUGUGGUGCCAAACGUCUGUGUCGGUGUGUGCGUUCACGCCCGCAGUUCUGGGCUGUCCCUUACUGUAAUGUCCACACAUGCCCUCCACCUGCCGAUGGAUGGAGCCGCGGAAUGAGGCAGUGGUUGAACCACUGUCUGCAGAAUGUGGUGCCUUGUUCUCCCUCUUGACGUCUUGUUUGUCUGCUCUUUGAUUCAGAAGAGUUUUCAGUAACUAGAUAGCUGCCAUUAAUCUGAGGAGUUUCUGCUAGUUCAUGGCUUCUGUCUCCAGUCAGCACAUCUGAUGACAUUCUUACAUUAAACAUUACUUUGCAUUAUAAUGUUCCAUAUCUUUAAACACUCGGUUCCAUUUAUAAACCUAAGUAUAAGUUUCCCUAAAUGCUUAAUUGAAGAAAUAAGAAAAUGAUGGGACUCUUUAAAGCGUUAACCUGUUCCUCCCGUGUUCAGUAUUCUUAACGAAAAGUGGUCUUAACCAAACGGCACUCAAAAAAUCAGUUUUUCCUAUUUUCCUUUAAAAAAAAACAGUUCUGCACUGGUGUCACUUUUCCUUUUUGUUCAGGGUUUCUGAGCCAGAGAAAGGAGACAAGCAAAAAAAGAAUUGCGUAAACAUGACUUGUCAAAGCCUUCUGACGUUGAAACUAUGUGGUUUAAAGGGUAAAAUUUCUGUUUGACAGUAUCAGCAGCUGUUUAAUAUCUGAACAGAAACUAUGGAAGACCUGCAGUUCCCACCGGUCACAACAUAGGUUUUCACAGUUUGGGGAUUUUUUUUACAGAUAUAAGUCACCUAUUAUGUAAAAAACAUGUAUUUGCAUAAUGAUUCUGUUGCAGGAGAAGUCUCAUCUGAUGAAAGGCUUUCUUAAAACAAAUUAUUAAACAAUUUAAGGUACAUACACCUUAUAAAACCUACUUUCUGUAUCAAAUUCAUUUUUACACUUAAUUACUGGAGAAUUUUGGUCUUCAAAUCUGCAAUAAAAGAUCAAUUUAUUCAC